AUGCAUCAGCUCUCUUAUGAUGAAGAGGAAUCAUUUCCAAUUGGAGCAGAGAUUGUUCGUAGAGAUUUCUAUGUCGAUGAUUUAAUUUCUGGGGGCGAAACGAUUGAAGAGGUGAGAGAAAUUCGUCGUCAGGUAAAGAGUCUAUUGUCGCGAGGACACUUUCCAAUCCGCAAAUGGUGUUCGAAUGAGUCAACUGCCCUCGAAGGAGAGUCGGACUGCGAUAAAGAGCAGCUUAUUAAAUUUCACGAUGGAUCAGAUAUCGCCAAGGCAUUGGGGCUAGCUUGGGACCCUUCUUCUGAUCAGUUCCUGUUCAAUUUUUCUCAGAUAUCGUCAGGUCAUAGAGUCACCAAACGGAUCGCAUUGUCAACUAUAGCCAAAUUUUAUGAUCCUCUCGGGUUAAUAACGCCAAUCGUUACCAAAUCUAAAAUCUUCUUGCAAUCUCUAUGGAAGUCUAAUGUGGAUUGGGAUGACGCAUUGCCAGAGCCCAUUCUUUCGUCAUGGGGGGAGUUGACCUCUCAGUUGUCGAUCGUCCAGAACUUGAAAUUUCCACGAUUCGUAGCGCGUCCGCAAGCGACCAUCCAGUUGCAUGGAUUCUGUGAUGCUAGCACAGCAGCUUAUGGAGCUUGCCUAUAUUUGCGGUCGGAGGACAAUGAAGGCACAAGAGCCUAUCUACUCUGCGCCAAGUCGAGAGUAGCCCCGUUGAAGGCCUUAACAGUUCCAAGAUUGGAACUUUCAGCAGCACUUUUAUUGGCAGAGCUUAUCGUAAGCGUCAAGGAAACCAUAGAUCUCGAUUGCGCCUUUCAUUGCUGGUCUGACUCGUCUAUCGUGUUGGCGUGGAUUAGGCAGCCUCCUAGGGAGUUCAACGUGUUUGUAUCCAACCGAAUCGCAAAAAUUCAGGAGAUGACGAAAGGAAUGUCUUGGCAUCAUGUUCCAACCAACCUCAAUCCGGCGGAUGUCGUGUCGCGAGGCUGUACCCCUAAAGAAUUGCUGGAGCAUUCUCUUUGGGCUAAUGGACCUCCAUUUCUUUUGCAGAACUCAUCGGAAUGGCCUUCCUUGCUUGAUGUAGCAAAGGAUCUUCCAGAGCGACGUGCCGCGACUCUAAUUGGAACCGUGUCCAAGCCUCUACUCUCAAAUAGCCAUCUUUCCGUUGAGGAGAUCAACUCGGGGACCGUACUUCUUCUAAGGAGCAUCCAGCAGAUUCACUUAGCCAAGGAGUAUGGAGUUCUUAGCCAGAGCAAGCCGUGUCCACAGAAGAGCAAACUGAUUUCGCUGAGGCCAAUUCUUGGCACCGAUAGAUUACUUCGCGUUGGUGGAAGACUUCAAAACGCAAACUUGGACUAUGAUACGAAGCAUCCGAUAUUGCUUCCCAAGGACCAUCCAGUCACCAAAGCAAUUAUCGUGUAUUUUCAUAAAAAAUACAUGCACGCAGGAUCGCAGGCGUUGCUUGCCACAUUACGACAAAGAUAUUGGCCGAUUGGAGGUCGGAAGUUCGUGGCUAGCGUCAUCAACAAAUGCGUUAGAUGCUUUCGGAUGAGGCCUGUGACUUGGGAGCACGUCAUGGGUAAUCUUCCAGCGAAUCGAGUUCAACCUAACCCAGCAUUUCAUACGACAGGAGUCGACUAUUGUGGGCCAUUCUAUCAUAAAGCAGAGUCCCGGAACAAGGCACCGCACAAGUGCUACAUCGCCGUCUUUGUCUGCUUUUCCACGAAGGCCGCUCACUUGGAAGUCGUCCAGGACCUCACAACAGAUUCCUUCAUAGCAGCUCUGAGAAGGUUCAUCAGCCUUAGAGGCAGUCCGCGAACUAUCUGGAGUGAUAAUGCGACCAACUUUGUCGGCGCCAAGAGCGACGGACGGGAUAGAUUGAAGUUCAUACCUCCGCGUGCUCCACACUUUGGUGGCCUCAUGGGAGGCCGCUGUCAAAUCGGCCAAGUUUCACUUCUACAGAGUCAAAGCGCUGAAAGCCUCGAGGUGCUAACGCCGGCGCAUUUCUUAAAGGGUUCCAGCUACACCAAAUUUCCUGAGCCGGAUGUCACGCAUCUCCUUCAAGGCCGCCUCAGCAGAUGGCAAAUUGUGACCCAAAUGCAGCAACUAUUCUGGAGAAGGUGGAGCAGCGAGUAUUUAUCACUUCUUCAGGAAAGGAGCAAAUGGCGUUCCGAAGGAUCUAACAUCAAGAUCGGAAGCAUCGUGUUGCUGAAGGAGGACAACAUUCCAUCAUUGAAAUGGCCACUUGGACGAGUUGAGGAAGUCAUUCCCGGCGAGGACGGCGUCGUCAGAGUAGUUAUGGUCCGUACAGCUACGGGCAUCAUCAAGAGAGCCGUCGCCAAACUGGCCGUUCUGCCCGUCGAUUCCCAACAAGUUGGAACCGUGCCUCUUCCAACGGGGA